GAGACGCCCCGCCCUGCUCCUCGAAUUGUUGCUUCGCGGGGAGGCGAAGGGGGAGGACCUCCGUCACUUGGACCCCAGCCCUGACAGGAUCAAGGAUGGCAAAGAAGAGACUCAGGAGAGACCAUGUGGAUUUUAAUCUCAGCUUGGCCACUUACUAGCACCGUCCAGCCAACUUCAAGGCUGAGGGAGGCCUGUCUCCAAGUCACGGGACCAGAGAAGCCUCUUUCUUAGUGAAGGGAGCCAUUGUGAGCUGCUGCAGUUACAGAUAAAAGAUCAGGAAAGUGGGUAAGCAGAUUAACCGGGGAUCUGGCAUACAUACCAAAACCACCAGUUAAGGUGACAUCACCUACCUGGAAAAUACUAGGAAAAUGUGGAAACAGAUGCUUUGCUCCUUAUCACCUUCUACAUGGAUGUCACUGUCUUAGCAAACUGAUGCAGUCUGCAUGUGUGCCAGGCCCUCCAUUACCCAGGAUAGAUAAAUGAUGUUCAUCACCUGUCUGAGGACAUGCCUUCCACCUAAAAUUAGAAGUUUGGUUCUACAGAAGAAAUUCAACCCUAGAAAUAUUUCUGGCAUGGGAGGGGGACCUAAACAGGCGAGUGUGGUGAUCCUGCCCAGAUCCUUUGCUGAGGACUUUGAAAAGUUCUGCCAGGCCAACAAUGGCGCUCUGCCCCUCCUCUGUAGAGGCGAGCCUGGUGAUUGGAAGCUGCCUACUCUGAGUGCUGGCUUGGAUAUCAGAAACAAUGGUCCGCAGUACAAGAAAUAUGAAUUUGGUUCCUGUACUGACAACUUGACAAGCCUAGAAGGUUAUUCGGAACAGCUUAAAGACAUGGUCGUGUUCUACUUGGGCUGUAGCAUCUCACCUAAAGAGGCCAUGCAGAAGAUGGGGAUUCCAAUAAGGAAUAAAGAAAGUCACUGCAACAUGGCCAUAUACAAGACAGCCGUUCCUUGCUCCACUGUUGGCAGCUUUUGCUGCCCUCUAGUGGUCACCAUGAUGCCUAUUCCCAAGGACAAACUGGAAGCCAUUCUUCAUGACAUUUACCUAACCAGAGGUUUACAAGGAGAACCCAUUCACAUUGGCUGCCCAGACCUGUUGGGAAUUGAAGAUCGUUCCAAACCAGACCAUGGGGAACCACUGAUGCUUCAGCCAGGAGAUGUCCCAGUGUUUUGGGCCUCAGAGUUGACAAGCCUGGAAGCUGUUAGCAGCUGCAGGUCACCCCUGGCUUUCACCAGCGCUCCUGGGUAUACAGUUGUUUUCGACCAGAAGGAUAAAAGCAUUCAAGUGAGUCAUCCUGGGGAAGUCCCAGAGGUCCAUUGCAUUUCCCAAAAUCCUCUGCAGUACAGCAUUACUUCAUCUUCCAGUGUACAGAAAAUUAGAGAGCUAGAGAACAUAAUUGCCAGAGAUCCAGCUUUUGUGAUUUCAGGAAACCGAGGAAUAAAAUAUCUGUUCAACAAAGAUGAACUACUGAAGGCCUCCUUGUCUCUGUCACACGCUCAUUCAGUGCUCAUCACCACUGGGUUCCCUACCCAUUUCACUCAUGACCCACCUGAAGAGACUGACGGUCCCCCAGGAGCCAUCGCGAUGGCUGCCAUUUUGCAAGCUUUAGAAAAGGAGGUUGCCAUUGUUGUUGAUGAGAGAGCCAUGAGCUUGCACAGAAAGAUUAUUGAAGACUCAGUCAAUCAAGGUAUUCUGAAGACAACAAUACCUCUGUUAAGUUACCAAGGUCAGGAAAUAGGAUCAGCUUUCAUGUUUUUGUGUAAGGAUAGGGAUCCCGAUUCACCAAGAUUUGAUCACUUAGUGGCUAUAGAGCGCUCAGGAAGGACAGCUGAUGGCAAUUAUUACAAUGCUCGAAAAGUUAAUAUUAAGCAUCUAGUUGACCCCAUUGAUGAUCUCUUUCUUGCUGCACAGAAGAUCCCUGGAAUCUCAUCAACUGGUAUUGGUGAUGGAGGGAAUGAACUUGGGAUGGGAAAAGUCAAAACAUCUGUGAAGAGGCACAUCAAGAAUGGGGACGUCAUAGCUUGUGAUGUGGAAGCUGAUUUUGCCAUCAUAGCUGGUGUUUCCAAUUGGGGAGGCUAUGCUCUGGCCUGUGCGCUGUAUUUACUGAACAUAAACAAUAUACAUGAGCGCUACCUGCGGAGAGCUGUUGGAUUACCCACCCCCUCAUCGAGAGCAGCAGCCUGGGCUCAGGCACUCCCAUCUGUCAUAAAGGAAGAGAAGAUGAUGAGAAUCCUAGUACAACACCAGGUCCGGAGUGGAGUAAGUGGCAAUGUGGGGAUGGAAGUGGAUGGUCUGCCUUUCCAUGGCAUUCAUGCUGAAAUGAUCCAACAGUUGAUUGAUGUUACUACCAUGUAAUACAUAUACACACACACUUUAUAUAAUCUCCAUCACCCUUUCUAGUUCUCCAUUUCCCCCGCCCCCCACCUCAUAUAUACAUAUCCCACCCUAAAGUGGCUGGGCUGUAUUCUUGUGCCAAGUCAGGGGAAUUGGGAGAUUGUAAGAGAUCAUGGGUAGGAAUCCAACAUGUGGAGACAAAUGCAAUUUCAAAGCUAACUGGAAAGGAUUGGGAGGGAGGCAUUCUUUUCAUCACCUUCUACUUACCCAAGAGGUCAUAACAAUGGAAAUAUAGAAGAAUUCCCUUCUAUACUAGCUUUGAAAAUUCACUAAUGGUCCAAAAAAAAAAAUAAGGCACAAAAACAUGCACGAUAGUGCCUUGUGGCUUAGCAUGGUGAAAGUGGAAAGAGCCUUCGAACUUGACCUAAAAAACCAGAGUUGAAUCUGUCUGUGUCAGUGAGCGCGUCACAGCCUCUCUGGUCCUCUUUUCGCUCACCAAUAAAAUGAGGAGGUUAGGCUGGAUAACCUCUACAAACUC